UCGCUUCUGAAGCUCCGCCUCAUAAACUAAUUUAUACUGUUUUACACUCAUCCACACGUUUAGAGUCGAUGCGAAGAGCGGCUCUGUGUCCUCAUCAGCGGAUCCGCGGCGUUACUCGGUGGGUUCGAGCGCUGUUUGUGGAGUGUGUUCGAGUUUCAGUGACGCCAUGAUGUUAUUUUUACCCGAUGAGCUCACGAGCGCCGAACUCACUCAAACUGACCAGCUUCAACUAGCUUAACUACCCACCCGCUCAUCUCUGCCGGGGUUUCCACUCCUCUGGUCUUCUUCAUCUGUGGGUUUACUGUGGAAUGAGACGGACUGAAACUUUUACGCAGGAGAUCUUCAUGAUGGAGCUCAGCGGAGAGGAGGUGCAUGAAAUCACGCAGCUGUCGCCCGUCUCUGGAGCCCCUGUGAUGGUGUGAAAGAGACUCCCAUCAGCCACUGCACCCCACACACACACAUAGGCUGCGUAUAAGUGUGUUUUUCCUCUGGAGCUUCCUCUGGCUUCUUCUCACACGUUUUUAGGCCACCACCAGAGUGACGUCAUCCGCUGCUACAAUGGGGCCGUUGAUCUCCUGAGGGCCCGCCGGCAGCGUCACUGAGACACAGAGACUGUUAGCGCAGAGACGGACUGAGGGAUUGUGGGUAUGUGUGAGCGCGCGGCGCGGCCCAUCGGGGCCGAGGGUCUGGUGGCUCUGCUGGAGGGCUCUCUGGACCGCGUGCUGCUGAUCGACAGUCGGCCGUUCGUGGAGUAUAACACGUGUCACAUCCUGGAGGCCGUGAACGUCAACUGCUCCAAACUGAUGAAGAGGAGAUUACAGCAGGACAAGAUCCAGAUAAGUGAACUCCUGCAGCACUCGGCCAAGAGGAAGCUGGAGCUCCAGGGUCAAGAGGUCGUGGUGUAUGACCAGAGCUCGUCUGACCCCGCCUCCCUCUCAUCAGAGGCCUUUCUCAGCGUCCUAUUGGCCAAGCUGGAGAAGAGUUUCCCUUCAGUCCACCUGCUCUCAGGUGGUUUUGUGGCGUUCUCGCAGCUGUUCCCGGGUCUGUGUGAAGGGAAGUCCCCGCUGGUGCCGUCCUGCAUCUCUCAGCCCUGUCUCCCUGUGAGCAGCAGCGGGCCGACGCGGAUCCUGCCGCACCUGUACCUGGGCUGCCAGAGAGACGUGCUCAACCAGGAGCUCAUGCAGCAGAGUGACAUCGCUUACGUGCUCAACGCCAGCAACACCUGCCCCAAACCAGACUUCAUCCCUGACUCACAUUUCCUGCGCGUGCCGGUCAACGACAGCUUCUGCGAGAAGAUCCUGCCCUGGCUGGACCGCUCCGUGGAGUUCAUAGAGAAAGCCAAGGCCAGUAACGCCAGGGUCCUGGUCCACUGUCUGGCGGGAAUCUCUCGCUCGGCCACCAUCGCCAUCGCUUACAUCAUGAAGAGGAUGGACAUGUCUUUAGAUGAAGCGUACAGGUUCGUGAAGGAGAAGCGGCCGACCAUCUCGCCCAACUUCAACUUCUUAGGUCAGCUGCUGGACUUCGAGAAGAAGCUGAAGAGCGCGAGCGAGGCGCCGUCAGACGAGCAGAAGCCGGAGCCGCUGACGAUGCCCUGCGUUCUGGCCGGCGUCCCCGAGGAGCAUCUUCUGGCCCGGGCGCUCUGUGGCCUUCAGCUCGGGGAGGAACCGGAGGAGAACGUCCGGCCCAAACGCUCCUUCUCUCUGGACAUCAAGUCGUACGGCGAGUCCGGAGCGCCUCUGCGAGCGUUUCCCGCCGGUGAACCCUGCCAGUUCUCGCCGGUGCCGGAGGUUUCGGAGCAAAGUCCGGCUGAAGAUAAUAAUAAUAAGACGCUCCAGCGCAGCGGCAGCGUGGAUGGAGCUCCGUCUAAAACGGCUCAAGCACUUAAAGGCUGGCACUCAGACAUCGUUCUCGGACCCGUGACCGGAGGCUGGUUCCUCUCCUCCGAGUCGGCGCGCUUUUACGGCUGCGCUCCGGGUCUGGAGGCGGUGAGGAGACGCGGCCGGCAGCGCAGCGGAGACGGAGGAGACUCGCGCAGGAGCUGGCAUGAGGAGAGCAGCUUCGAGAAGCAGCUGAAGCGCAGGAGCUGCCAGAGAGACGGCAUGACGGACAGCCGAUCCCGAGAGGAGAUGAGCACGAGGAGCAGCCAGUCCAGCUUCUCCGGCAGCUUGGAAAUCAUCGAGGUCUCCUGAGGACGAUCCUUUCUUUGCUUUGUUCUCAUUCAGACGUGCAUGAAGGUGGAGUCUCUCUGAGCGCCUCACCGUUCAAAUCAAGGCAAGACACUACAGAUAAACAGGGCGGAGCUUAACCCCAUUAGCAUCUGCCCCCAUUUUUUUUAAAUUAAAAUAACUAGUUAACCCUAAUAUACAGUCAAACCAAAAUAUAUCCAGACACCUACAACAUUUCUCACAUUAUCACAGUUUAUUCGUUUUAAUUUAGAAAGUGACUCUGAGUUAAACUGUCAGAACAAAUGCAUCUUGAUAAUAUCAGAUAACUUUGAUAGAAAGGUGUGUAAUGGAUUCAGUCAAAUUGCUGUUAAAUGCAAGAACACAGUUAGAUAAAACCAAUUCAGCUCAACUCAUUACCAAGCAGUGCUUUAUUUUAAUCAGUCUGUGGUGUAAAGAGAUCACAUUAGCAAUUAAAGAAAAGUGUUUGAAUAGUUUUUGCUCCCAAAUUUACUGUAAGUCCACUGUAUGAAGAGUUUUUGGGUGUAAUAUGUCACACUUACAUUUAUGAAGUAUAGUGUCCUGCACUCACUAGUAAAAAAAUAUCAAAAAUUAUAUCUGGAGUCUGAAUAAUUUUUGGUUUGACUGUACAUCACCAGCUGAUUGAUUACAUUAAAAAAAAAAUAUAUAUAUUUAAAAAUAUGCAUAAUUAUUUAAUUUAUAUGCAUAAUGUAAAUCACUCCCCCUCUUCUCAGAAAAUACUGUCACCAUGUGUGAAUGAUAUAUGAACAAACCCCUCACUAAAAGCCUCCAGAAUACAGAUAUGCAUAAAAACUGUAAAGUUCGGUGGAUGCAAGAGAAAAAAACUCUUCAAAGAUUGCAAUUGGAAUCUACAGAUGCAAAAAAAAAAAACUAAAAUGCAAUAAAAUAAACACUUAAAUGUGUAUUUUGGAUGUUUUUUUUAAUCCACUAGUCUGAAAGAAGAAGCAAAAAAGGCAUUAAAACGCCUGUAGUGUCUUGCCUUAAGAGCGUCUUUUGAAAUGUAUGUGUUGAAUUAUGAUCUCAGGAAGUGUGGACUCUGUUGGAGAUCUAGAAUCAAACACACACACACACACACACACACACACACACAGAUCUGUGAUUCUCUCCAUCGUCAGGCUCAAGCGUGUGAUGAUGCUCGUUUCCAAACAGACAUGAUUCACUGACGCUGCAUCCGAAACUCUUGAGCCUCCAGCAGCUUCUUCACACGAGAUGCGUCCUGAUGAGACGCAGACGAGAAACACUUCAUUAGUCUGAGCACUUUACAUCCAGAAGCCCUCUCUCCUUCUCUGGCGAUCCAGAACGGUGCUGAUGAUGUUCACAGACUCACACUGAGCGGUGCGGGUGUGCCUUCUUAAAGACUCGCCGGAGGUCCGGUCAUCAGCAUUGACUCGUCUGCUCCAGGAUCAGCUGUGGAGCGCCGUAGAGACUCCUUCAGACCGUCCUCUUCACGCUGAAACCAUCUUCCUCUGAUCUGCGCUUGAUGACUUUAAACACAAGGACACAAUCAGUUUCCCAAAGCUGUGAAAAUUGAGCUGAAGACAGAACGAAUCACUGAAUCACCGAAUCACCGAAUCACUGAAUCACUGAAUCAUGAGUCUCUGAAUCACAUUCGACCUGCUUUCACACAGGCCCCAAAUUCACAGUGACCGAUGUUUUAUAUUUUUACAAUAAAGUCGAAUGACUGUUAUAAUCGUUCAUAAGACAGAUCAGCCAUUAUUUUCGUGAUUGGUGUCUGGGAUGGUACCGCCGUGAGAUGAACGAGAGCGUUUCUGGAGAUAUUAAUCAGUAGCUGUUUAUUGAUUGUUGAAAUAAAACACAAGUGGUACUUGAA